GCUUAUUUUAGCGGGUAUUGAGUGAGUCGCUAUUUGUUUGCUGUUGAGAAGAAAACUAACGAGCUGCUUUCACCUCUUAUGGAUUGAGCCACGAUUCAAACACGCAGCGGGAUUACGGAUAAUUGUAGCUUCGUUUCGUGGCUCGUGGUCAGUUUCUUUCCAUGUUACCCGCUGUGUUGCGCAAAGGGAGCUAAGUUUGACAGAAGAGGUGAAACUGUUCUGGGCUCCAAACCGGCGGUUCCGGGUCCGAUGAGUUUAAGAAGAGCGCCGGCAUUAGUCACUGAGCAACAGGCCGCGAUGGCUCUGAGGGAGCGGCCCGCCGGCGCCGGCGCUCCUCAGCGGCUCCAGGCUGAGCAGGCGCAGGAGGACGCUGCUGUGGGCGACGAGGAUGAGUUCUCUUCAUCCCUGCUGCCUCCAGCAUCGGCGAGAGACAGACGCAGGCGAGAGAGGGGAAACAAAUCAAAAUGCAAAGAGAUGUCAGAGGAGGAGAUGAUGGACCUGGCUCUGCGUCUCAGUGAACGGGAAGCCACUGUCACUGCCUCCAGACUGAAGCAAGAGGAGGAGGCUGUGAUGAAAGCCAUCAAGGAAAGUAUGGUCAAUCAGACAAAAACAGUCCUGUCUUCCCAAAGUCAAAGUCUGCUCGCUGAUCAACAUGCUGAUGCUUCUGCCCGACUCUGCUCUCCACGGAAACCCUUGUACUCAAAUGGAAAGAAGAUCUCCGCGAACAGCGAUGAGGGAGAAAACUGUCCAACACAGACAGGAGAAGUAAAAGCUGGAGAGGAAAAUAAUAACCGCAAUAAAAAGUGGAAAAGGGAAGGAAGGGGUUCUCUGCCGGAGAAGCCAGACCUGAUGCAGACUCAGGACGUUGCCUCUCAGGCUUCACCCUGCAGCUCGGAGUCGGUCUCACCACAGAGUUCUGACUCGACUCAGAUCGACGACUGUCCCCUCCCCAAAUCUCCUGUCUUCCCCUUGACUGGCUGCAGAGCCACCGUUUGCAUGUCCAGGCUGAGCCAGGAUCUGCUGGAAACCUGCAAAGUCUCUGGAUUUGUGUCGUGCUCUCAGGACAGUUGGAUUCAAAAGUCUCUCGUUGAAGGCAAGAGCCCGACGUUUCCAAAGAGCCCCAUGAACUUCCCAGCUGGUCCUAAGAGUCCAGUUUACGACGGGGGAGAUGAUGGCGAGCGGAUGAGUCCAGAUGGUGGUGGAAGUCCGGCUUUUGGCAGCACUUUGCUGCAGGAUCAGUCUCAAAGUGCCUGGAAACCUCAAGUUUGCAAAAAUUCAGGGUUUACGUUUUCUUCUCAGGAGAGUUUCAGCUUCACCGGGAGGUCGGCGUCCUGCCGGCCCGACAGCCCGGUAUUCCCCGGAAGCCGACCUGCAGUCGAAGCAUCAGCGAUCUGCCUAAACCCCGUUCUCUCAGGGUCCGGCUCUACGAGCCCAGUGUACGGCUGCACGGGGCGGCGCCGGACGCUUGAUCCCAUUCAGAUGAACUCGUCUGUGGUUCCUUUGUCUGCAGAGCUCAGAGGUUCUAGUGGGGCAGAACCAUCACAGAGUCUGCAGGAGGAAACAUGCAAAACUGAUCGGAAUCAGGACGACGAGUUUAAAGAGCUCAGCCAAUCAGCGACUGCUGAUGCUCAGGACAGUAACGCUUCCAAAGGCGGUGGCUCAGCUGAGGAGGAGGUGACCAGCGACAUGACGCUGCUCUGGUCUGAUGAGGAGGAGGACGACGUCACGCCGGCUGGUUCCUCCAGCCCAGUCUUCCCUGAGGAGAGGCCCGUUCGUCGGACUGCAGCUGAUCCAGAGACGGCCGGGUCCGAGUGCAGCUGGACCAGCAGUCGGGCGAACAAACGGGCAUCAGAGCCUGCAGCCGUCCACUACUACUGGGGCGUUCCCUUCUGUCCACGAGGCCUGGACCCAGACAAAUACACACAGGUGAUUGUGGCUCAGAUGGAGGUCUAUGAGAAGAGUCUGAAGCAGGCUCAGCGGUGUCUGCUGAGAAAGGCGGAGUGGGGGGAGCCGGUCCUGCCACGGCCGGAGAAUUACCGUUCACCUGAGUCGCCAGCUGAAUCGCCUCGACCUCAAACUCCCCAGAGACUUCGAAGGAAGAAACGGCAUGAAUCAGCUGAUACGUCUGCUGAGGAAGAGGAGGAGGAGAAGGAAACGGACGCAGAGAACAAGGAAGACGAGAAGAACGAUGGAGGCGACGGCGCUGACGACUGUGAGGUUUGUCCAGAGACACAACUGAGCGACGUCACCAAAGACCGACAAGACGCUGAGGCGCGGCCUGGAAGUCCUGCGCUGCCGGAGGCCCACAGGAUUCUUCUAGGUCGUUCCCCGGCUGCAGGUGUUCAGGAGGAGGAGGAGGAGGAGGAGGAGAUGGAGGUGGGUGGAGCGGCUGCACCUUCAGCUGACGCCGCCGAGUGGUCGGGAGCUGUGUUUUCAGCCCCGGAUCCCAGCGAGACGGACGGGAGCUGGAACGCUGGCCGUUUGGAAGGGGAGCGCUUGGAGGCGGAGCAGCUCCAGCGGGGCGCGGCAGGCUCCGCCCACAUGGACUGCCCCCUCUGCCAGGGCUCCUUCCCCGUCACGGAGAUCGAGGUCCACGCCGCCUACUGCGACGGGGAGCUGGACCGGAGCACGGCGCCGCUCCCCUCUCCACACGCCUCGAAGCCGCGUAGAAAACGAGCGCGACGAGCAGAGGCGACGGACGACGACGCGGACGGCAGCAACCAGGAGAAAUGCUACAUUUGUCAGAGAGCAGUUCCUCUGAGAGACUACAGCCGCCACACGGAGCUCUGCAUCCAGCGACAGGCAGCGAAGCCCGCGGCCAGAGGAGACCUGCUGUCGGCGCUGGAGCGAAGCGAAGGCGGGGACUCAGGUGCUGGUCCGUCCAGACUCCAGCCAGGAGACGUCAUCGACCUGCGGGACGACGACGACGCCGACGCCGACGCCGCCUUCAGGACCAGUGACUCUCCCAUCAGGUCCUUCACGCCCAUCUCUGAAGCCACCGACUGCCUCGUGGACUUGAGGAGACCGGAGCGAAGCAAGAAGCCGAGCAGACGACGGAGGUGAAGGAAGGCGGAGCCCGAAGCGGAACGCGACCGUGGGAUCUGACGUUCAUCCGGCUCAGCGGCCCUGAUGCCGUUGGCCCUGUGUGUGUGACUACCUCCUGUAGCUUUGGGUCAAGGUUCUGAGUGAAGAGUCUGUGGUCUGAAGUCCAGAUGUGCAGAAGGAAACUUAGACCAGGAACAUUACGCUAAAGCUUUGGCUGCUGAUGUCAUCGUUUAGAGGCAGAUUUUGUGAAGAAAGAAAUGGUUACAACACAAAUGUGUGAUAAUAUCGUUGGAAACAGACGCUUGAACAUGUUUCCACUCAGACGCUAUGAAACAAGUCAAAGCCUUUUCAGAGAAGCAGAGCUGUGGUCAGAACACGGCUUCAGCUUCGGCCGCUGAUGACCACAUUUCACUUUGGAUCUCAAACCAGUUUCCAUUAUGUUGGGUUGUGAUGAGGGUUGUUUUGAUGGACCAUUUUCACCUUCUGACCAAAACAACAGGAAAUAAAAAGAAAACACUUUA